AUGGGCGCCAAUACUUCCAAAAAAGUUCAAAUCGGACGUAAGGCUGGUGAAUAUAUCAAUAAAAGAGGCUAUGAAAAGGAGCAUUCUAUCACAAUUUCAGGUCUAGAAGUUCCUGCAAAAAGAUUUUCAAUUUGCCGUUGUUGGCAAUCUGCUAAAUUCCCCUUCUGUGAUAACGCACAUCAAAUUUUGCAGCGCAAGCAAGUCAACUGCGGUCCAGUAAUGCUGGAGAUUAGAAGACAUGAUUUUAAACCGACUUGA